CGAAAAUAAUUCGUAUUAGCUGGCUGUCAUUGUUUGUUGUCACUCGCUACUACACUUGAAUAGGCACAAGAUAGCACAUGUUGACAGCGUCUGGAUAAUUACUUUAAUUAUAACAGGAUAAGUGCAUGCAAUCUGUCGAUUAUCAAUGGCCGAAGCAAGGAGUGCUGUGUCCGAGCCCAGGGUUGGCAGAAUUGAAGAAGGACGCAAUCCGAAAGAAGACUUCUUACUCGGAUUACGAGCAUACGUUAUUCGUCGAUUUUUCAGGAUUAGGAACUCUAUCAAAAAUGGCAUGUGGCCCACAAAACUAUGGAAUUUGGAGGUUCUGAUUGGCCUGCUAUCCAUAUUGCUGGUCACUGAUUGGUCUAUGGCUCAGCCAAUCACAGCCAAGCUUCACUGGAUAGAGGAGUGCUUACAUAUACCGCAAGACUGGCCAUUGAUAGUGAGAAGUUUACUUACAUCAUGUAUAGCUGGGUUUGUGUUCUUCAUUAUACUGUUAUAUAUACGAAGAUAUACUCUUAGAAUUCUUCUGUCGUACAGAGGCUGGAUGUAUGAGCAGCCUAAGACUCAGGCAUUUUCUACGUUGGUUUGGGGGCUGAUGGUAAAGUUAGUGAGUGGCAGUCACCCAUCACUGUAUGGAUGUCAACAGAGUUUACCAAAGCAGCCGGUCCCCAACUUGAAACAAACCUUAAAAAGUCUCAUACAAUCACUGAAACCUCUGUAUGGGGAACACUCAGAAAUCAUUCAAGAUCUCAAGAAAGAAUCCAAAGAAUUCCAGAAAACCCUCGGACCAAAGUUACAGAGAAUUUUAUACCUAAAGUCAUGGUGGGCACAAAACUAUGUGACCGAUUUUUGGGAAAAGUAUGUAUAUUUGAUGGGGAGAAGUCCUUUACCAAUAAAUAGUAAUUAUUAUAUAAUGGACCAAAGUUAUGGUCAACCUACAACCAAUCAGGUAGCCAGGGGGCAGUACGAACGAGCAUUUUCUACAACGAGGGUACCAGGCGAGGAAAUGGACACUCUUGUGCAUUACGAAUCAUCAGAAUCAAAGUUUGUUAUAGUAAACAGGAAAGGAAUAUUUUAUAAGUUAGACAUGUAUGAUAGUAACAGAAAACUAGUCACACCAGCAAACCUUCAAAAACAACUACACUGGAUCAUGCAAGAUGCUGAAAAACAUAUAGAGUCAUACAGCGAAUCAGAGAGAAGUCUACCAGCAUUGACAGGCGUGGAGAGGAACGAAUGGGCGGCUGUGAGAAAACAGUAUUUCAGUGACGGCAUUAACGCAGAAUCUCUGGCAAUGAUGGAGAAAUCUUUAUUUCAUUUACUUCUAAGCGACGAAGUAAAUGAAGAUUUCUCCUCUCGAGCCAAGCAUUUAUUUUUUGCUGAUGGUAAAUCUAUAUGGUUUGAUAAAUCAUUCACAAUAAUUGUGUCCCGUGAUGGUAGAUUUGGCAUAAAUGGUGAACAUUCCUGGGCCGACGCUCCUGUUAUUGGUCAUAUUCUGGAACACAAUUUAACAUAUGAAGCAGUCACUGGGUUAAUAUCUCAACCUAUUGACCUGAAGGACUGUGACCUUGACAAUCUGCAUGAUUCUAAAAAUAGCUCAGAUAGUGCAUUAAGUAGACCUGCAAGACUAAUUUGGGAAAUACCAGAAAAUCUAACCAGGAGUAUCAGCAUGGCUCAUAAAAAAGUGAUACAGAAAUGGGUCCACACAAGAGUUUGGUCUUCAGCUCAGAGGUCAAGGUCACACUUGAUUUUACAACAAAAUGUUGCUUACGAUGAAAAUGGAAACUGCCGGGUCACAGCAGACGACAAUUUAGAAUGUAACCUUUAUCCUCCAUCAAGGUUACAAUGGAACAUUCCAUCUCUGCUUGGUUCAAGUGUGAAACGGGCUGUUUCAAUUAUGUCACAGGCAAUAGAUGACGUUGAUCAUAGAGUUGAAGGUUAUUUUAACUAUGGGAAAGGUUUUAUUAAAACAUGUAAGGUGAGCCCCGAUGCAUACAUACAGAUGGCGCUCCAGGUCACAUACUUCAAGAAUGCUGGGAAACCUUGUCUCACGUACGAGUCGUCAAUGACACGUUUAUAUCUGAUGGGGAGAACGGAGACGGUACGAUCACUGACGCAAGAGUCGAAUGAAUUCGUAAAGUAAGUUUCAAGGAUUUAUAUUGACUUGACUGGUCACUAGA